UUUAAUUUCAUAAAAUAACAACAACGAAGACCGAAGCUUUUACAGAAAUAUGUUAUUCGAAAAAAAAUGUUUACUGACUUUGUUUACUGUUUGUGUGUUUCUCCAAAUUGCGGCUAAACUACAAAAUCUUGUUAAACGACAGCGUCAGCUUACUCUAAAGAACCGCGAUUUCAGCACAUAUCAAACUCGAAUUGUUGGUGGUGAAGAUAUUAACAUCUUAGAUGUCCCUUACCAAGUGUCAAUUCUGGAUUCGGGUUCCCAUUUUUGCGGAGGCUCGGUGGUUACAGCUAGACAUAUUGUUACUGCGGCGCAUUGUAUGGAGACAAGAAAUGUUUCUACCUUGAGUAUUCGUGCCGGUUCCACCUUCUGGGACGAGGGUGGUGUGAAUAUCAAAGUACAAAAAGCUUUUACCCAUCCUGAAUACGACGAACGUUCUGUUGACUACGACGUUGCUGUUUUGAGGCUAGAAAGUUUCCUUCCUUUCAAUGAGUUCAUUCAGCCUGUUGAUUUGGCCUUGGAGAUCGACAAAUGGCCUGUGAAUACUUCGGCCAUAACCAGUGGCUGGGGUUUAUUGGACGAACAGCAUGAAGAAGAUAUGAGCCCCAAGAGCCUCAAAGCAGUGGUCUUGCAUGUCAUAGACAUGGCCCUCUGUGAACGUGUAUACGGUUCGCUAAUGAUCCAAGUUAGUGCAAAUAUGUUGUGUGUUGGGACACUGGAUGGGUCGAAAGAUGCCUGCAAAGGAGACUCGGGAGGACCGCUUGUGAUCGACGGAGUCCUGGCAGGAGUUAUAUCUUUUGGUUUUGGGUGUGCAAGACCUGGGCUACCGGGGAUUUAUACACUCGUACCAACAGUCGCGGAUUUUAUUGAAGAUAUCAUUUUCGACAUUGAUUGAAAUUUAUCAUACACAUUUAGUACCCGCUUUGGAUGCCGACAAUGACGUAAACAAACAGUCAUUCUUAAAUGUCAGUGCAAUAUAAAGCUUUUUUUUGUUUAGGUUUAACACUGUUGUUUCAUUGAACUUUACUUGGAGUUACUGAUGGGUUUUACUAAACUAGAUAAUAAAUUAUCGUCUAGGUAAUUAUAUAUUACCUGGACUAUACAGCUAGACUAACCUUGAACUGGAUUUUCUUUUUAUGUAUGUAGUGUAAAAGUAAAUACAUUCGAAUUUAACCAC